AUGGGAUAUAGAUCCUUUGGCGGUGAACAUCUUGCUAUUUACCUGACUGUAAAAUAUUUCCGACACUUCCUUGAGGGUCAUGAGUUUACAAUUUUCCCGGACCAUAAUUCAUUAUCGAUAUCCGCUACAUUAAUGGCACGUAGAGGGAAGUGGCUGACAUGCUGUUUCGACCUUGCCUCUCGGCAUUUUAUGUUGUACACGGGAUUAACUUUAAUGCUAUGGAUGCUGAGCCAUAGUGUUUGGACUGCCGUGAUGACGAAUAUGUUAGCGGUCUUCAGUUAG